CGUGCUGCCCUCCUGCCCCCCCUACUGGAUGAUGUUCAGCAGCCCGCAGGAGAGUCGUCUGGCCAGUAGGUGGAGCAGCGACUUGUGGGAGCCCAACCCACGCCGCCGCAGUCGCAGCCUCAACGCUUCGCAAUUCCGCUCCAUCGAUGGCCGAGUCCGCUUCACCAUCUCAGACUCCGAGGAUGAGGACGCCCACGGCGAUGAAGGGUCGACGUCUCGGUCUCGGGGGGGAGACUUCAAGAACGGCGCUGGGUCGUCGCGGCAGUUCCUGGACCUGCCGGGGAGCCGGUUAGUUCCAGCCCAGCCGGUUCCGUCUGAGCAGAAGAACCGAUCCAUUAAUGUGCGGCAGACGUCCCUGACCACACGGAACCCGCCUCGAGCGCCUCCCCAGAGGAGCCUCAGCAUGUACGGACACAGCCCAUUGCCUAGCAACCAGACCUCCGUCACAGUGCCCAAGAAGAGCCAAGCAAAUAUCUCUCCUCUCCCCAGAAUCAGAUUCUCCAAGCCCUCGCUGCUGUUCCUGGCCUCAUACCCUCGGCCCCCCCCUCGCUGCUCUGACCCUCGACCCCUGGGUUCCCAGGCAGUGAUGGACUCAUCGGCGGAGCUGCUCUCGGCUCUAAGCGAGGAGGAGAGGAACCUGGUGGAGGCCAUAACAGACCGGGGAUACACUCUCAGGACGGCCAUCAUCGCCCUGCAGAAGACCAGAGAACACAGCUCCGAGCAGAUCCUGAACUACCUGGUGGCCUGUGACCGUCUGUGUGAGCUGGGCUUCGACGCGGCCGAGGUGGAGGAAGCCCUGGAGAUGUUCCAGAACUGUGAGACCAAGGCUGAGGAGUUUCUGCACCUCCUGGCCCAGUUCAAUGAGAUGGGCUUUCAACAGCAUGCCAUAAAGGAGGUGCUGCUCGUGCACGAGAACCACCGUGAGCGCGCCCUGGAGGAGCUGAUGGCACGCGUAGCCUGACACCAGUUUAACCAAUCACAUCACGCAACACUGGCCUAUGGCCAGUGAGAUGACACAAGACUGGCCUGAACUAACCAAUGACAUAACACAACAUUGGAUAAACCUGUGAUGCUGUUGUCCUGGCACACAUGGAGAUUCCGUCUGUACUGGUUCGCUAUGCCAAUGCUAUUUUCUCACCUCUGGCACCAUAGUGUCUGCUUAAACAGAAAGGACUGGACAUUGUGGCCUUGGAAUGCCAGAUCUGUGGGUGCACAGUACUGUAAAUACACUAGAAUAUAAGAAUAUGUGAUUAGUGCUGCAGGCAUUUCUCUAUUAUAAUAAUAUUUAGAUUUUUUUUUUACCUCUGCCAAGGAGGUAAUGUUUUUGGUGCAGUUUGUGUGUGUGUUUGUUUGUCUGUUUGUCUGGAAAAACUACCAGCCAGAUUUUCAUGAAACUUGGCAGAAGGGUGUAACAUGGUCCAAGGAAGAACCCAUUAUAUUAUGAAGCGAAUCCAAAUCGCAGGGCGGAUACACACAUUAUUUCUCACUUUCAUUAACAUUGUGAGAUAGGACAUUUGGACUUGGCGGAGGUCUGGACUCUCCGAGUGCCCAUCUAGUUUAUUGUUGUUAUCACUGAUGUUGUUUUUAUGGCUAUUCUUGUCAUUGGCUCUUUCUACGGUGCCUCCACUGGUAGGACUUACCCAACAGGCCUUAAACCAGAAACAUCAACUAAAAUGGACCGACCUGAGAAGGUUCUAGUGGAUCCAUGUCAUAUCAGGACCGGCCCAUAGUCUGGGACUGCUUGGAUAGGUAGCUCUGCACCACGCAGCACUCAUCGGCUGUGUGUCACUGUUGUUUGAAAUCUUCUUGUUUAUAUGAACUGUAUAUUAUUUGCAUCUGUAUGUAAAUACAUGUUUGGGGGAAAAA